AUGACUUAUCUAUUUGUAAUUUGGUUAGGUGAAAAACCUAUUGAAAAAGUAUUUACAUCAUUGAGAAUAAUUCUUUGGUCGAAUGUAGUGAAUAAGAUUCUUCGUCAAUCUAAAAAUUCAUUUCUUAUGAUGUUCGAUAUUGAUACAAAUCGUUCAAUUAUUGAUCUUAUUGAAAAAUUUAAUUUGCUGAAUGAUGAAGAACAAUAUUUUCUUGAAAUAUCAUCGAAUGAUCAACAGGAGAAAAUUGAAACGCUUCUUAAAAGUUCGAAAUUAAUUUCUCAUGAUGAUGAUCAACGACUUUUGGUAAAUAUUGAACAUGUCGAUCAGGAUUAUCUAUUAAAAUCUUCAAAAGAAACUUCUGUUCGAAUACCGGAUGAUAAUCGUUUAUUAGAUAAAUUGUAUACAUUUGGAAAAAUAUUAGACAAAUAUAAGGAUGAAGUACAAAUUAUUCAUGUAUGUGAUUUUCAAUCUCAAUAUCAAUGUGAACUUUUUGUUAUUCUAUCGAAAAUAAUUUAUCAGAAUUAUUCUCAUUUAAAACAGUGUUUCCUAUCAUUGGCACCUGCUGUCAUUGGUGAUGAUCGACCAUCGAUGAAAUACGAUGAAUUAUCUGUUGAUAAUUAUAUGAAAGAAGUGUUGGCAAAGAUUGUUAAUGAACGUGCCGGUGCGAGUCCUUUGAUAUCAAUGGCAGUAUUUAAAUUACAGUUAAUGUGUCGAAAAGCAAAUUCAAUUGUUCAUUUACGAUCCAAUCUUGAAACAAACCACGAUGCUUUAUUUUUGCUGUAUACAGGUGCUCGUCUAAUUUCAAUUUUGAAUAAUUAUAAUGAAAAAUAUCAAAAUGGUUCGUAUCCAAUGCGGCAAAUGUAUAACGACAAACUUGGAGAUAUGCUGAUGAGUAAAGACGAGCAAGAUUUUCUAGCAUGGACUGAUUCAUUUGAAUCUCGCUUUCUUCUUAUCACGUUUAAUGAUGCAAAUAAAACGCAAUUUAAUCUAGAUAAGAUUUUUCAGGGAUUUGUUUUAUUUUGCCGUCGUUUGAGUCCCUAUUAUUCAAGAGUUCGAAUACUAACGGAAAAUCAAAAUCACCUGCUAUCAACAAUGUUUGCUCGAUUGGAACUGAUUGAACGUAUUGUAAAUCUCUUACGGCAGACAUUAUCACUCAUAGCAGUGCCAUUGAUUGAACGAAUGUGA